UCAGCCGUCGUUCUCCCUUCCUAUUCCUCCUCCUCAUCGCCCCUAUCUCCCCCCUUACCAAAAAGAAAACAAAAAAAAAAGAGAAACGAGAUUGAAAAGUUGGAGGCGAGGCAGCAAGGACCGUGGCCGAGGAUGGACGAGCAGCCUCGCUUGAUGCACUCUCACGGGGUAGGCAUGGCCGGACACCCCGGCCUGGCGCAGCAUUUGCCGGAUGGCACCGCGGGGACGGACGGCGAGGGGAGGAAACAGGACAUCGGAGACAUUUUACAGCAAAUCAUGACCAUCACCGACCAGAGCCUGGACGAAGCGCAGGCAAGGAAACAUGCGUUGAACUGUCACAGAAUGAAACCUGCUCUCUUCAACGUCUUGUGUGAAAUUAAGGAGAAAACAGUGCUCAGUAUUCGCGGCGCCCAGGAGGAGGAACCUCCCGAUCCUCAGCUGAUGCGCCUGGACAACAUGUUGCUGGCCGAGGGCGUCGCCGGGCCCGAGAAAGGCGGCGGGUCGGCGUGCAACGAGUUCACCACCCACGUGAUGAACCUGCUGCGGGAGCAGUCUCGGACGCGACCCAUCUCGCCUAAAGAGAUCGAGCGCAUGGUCAGCAUCAUCCACCGCAAGUUCAGCUCCAUUCAGAUGCAACUCAAGCAGAGCACCUGCGAGGCCGUCAUGAUCCUGCGCUCGCGAUUCCUCGACGCCAGGCGAAAGAGGAGGAACUUCAACAAACAGGCGACAGAGAUUCUAAACGAGUACUUUUACUCCCAUCUCAGUAAUCCUUAUCCAAGUGAAGAGGCCAAAGAAGAGUUGGCCAAGAAAUGCAGCAUCACAGUGUCACAGGUCUCCAACUGGUUUGGAAACAAGAGAAUCCGCUACAAGAAAAACAUCGGCAAGUUCCAGGAGGAGGCCAACAUGUACGCGGCGAGGACCGCCGUCAAUGCCACCAGUGUGUCUGCACACGGCAGCCAGGCCAACUCCCCGUCUACUCCCAAUUCAGCAGGUUCUGCUGGUUCCUUUAACAUGUCAAACUCCGGAGACUUGUUCAUGAGUGUGCAGUCCCUCAAUGGGGACUCGUACCAAGGGGGGCAGGUUGGGGCCAACAUACAAUCCCAGGUGGAUACCCUUCGCCAUGUUAUCAGCCAGACCGGCGGAUACAGUGACAGCCUCGCUGCCAGCCAGAUGUACAGUCCACAGGGCAUCAACACGAACGGCGGCUGGCAAGAUGCUCCGACCCCUUCAUCAGUGACAUCACCCACGGAAGGACCCGGAAGCGUUCAUUCGGACACCUCCAACUGAAUCCGUCCACCCUACCGCCGUCACCUUGUAUAAAAUGCAGAACUGACCUUCACAGUAUUAAAAACAAAGGAGUUCACGGUACAGAUGUACCGUGGAAAAGUUGAAACGAGAAAAAAAAAAAAAAACAACAACAACAGUAUUUCCUCUGCUUGUAACCUCGGACAUUUGGGAUACAAACAAUGAAAUUCUAAAGAAUUCAGCGGAGAGGUUUGUACAGCGUUCACACACGUUCUCUUCUAUUCGAUUCCGAGGGCUGGGCUUACUUCUGAUUCAACUGUUUCCAUCGCCAGUGCAGCGAACGCUAAAUUAAACAAACCCGAGCGUCGGUUGCUUUUAGUCGUCGUUCUACCUCUCAGCCACUCCAAGAAGAAAUUAGAAAAAAACGUCAGUGACCCGGAUAUGUUUUGUAAAAAGUUGUCUUUGCGAGCAAGAGGCACAUCUUCUUACGUAUUCUACAUUUUGUUGUCUCUCAUCUAUUCUAUUCUAUGGUACGCCAUUUUAGACUAAUAUUGCUCAGUUGUUUACAAUGUGUGCUUGAUCCGAGUAUGUCCGUCCUCCUCGACCCCCCCUCCCCCCUUCCCCCAACUGUGUCGCCGGCGUCUUUGAACCCAGUUUAUGUCGGGACAUGUCCACCUCUAAGGUAACCCUGUGAAGUAUGUUAUCUGUAAAACAAUAAAGAAAUACUUGUCAUCACAUCCGA